AUGUUGAGAUGUGUGACGCCUGAGAAGGGGCAAGAAAUUCUAGAAGACCUUCAUCAGGGACUAUGUAGCUCACAUAUUGGGGGAAGAUCUUUGGCAGAAAAGGCACUUCGAACUGGCUAUUACUGGCCGACCCUCAAGCAUGAAGCAAUCUCAUUGGUCAAAAAGUGUGACAAAUGUCAACGCUUUGCUCACCUAAUACAUCGACUGGCUCGAGUUAUGACACCCAUCACGAGUCCAAUUCCUUUUGCUAAGUGGGGAAUGGAUCUCCUAGGCCCGUAUACUGCCGCUCCUGGAGGGAGGCGUUAUGUCAUUGUUGUUGUAGAUUACUUCACCAAGUGGGUGGAGGCAGAAGCACUCAAGAAUAUAAGAACCAGUGAUUGGGAAGAUAUUUUCACUACUGCUGAAGCUACUUAUUUGCCAGAAGAGGAGUUUGAUCACUGUCCUAUGAUCAUGAGCUGUUAUAGAGUGGCACACCAGAAAAAACCUUUCAGAUUCUAUAACAUGUGGGUCACUUCUAAGCAUUUCAUUCCCACAAUACAGGCAAACUGGAGCAAGCCAGUCCAUGGCUGUCACAUGUUUAGGGUUGUUCAGAGGCUAAAGUGGAUUAAAGCUGACUUGAAACUGCUCAACAAGAAUGGUUUCAGUUCAGUUGAGGCUGAUAACAUCAAAACACACAAUGAUCUUGUUCUUGCUCAGAAUGCUUUGCAUGAUGCCCCUAUGGACAGUGUUUUAGCCUCAGUGGAGAAAGCUGCAAAUGAGGACUAUAGAACUGCUCAUCACAACUAUCUUUCUUUCCUUCAGCAAACAGCCAAGCUGCAAUGGCUCCAGUUGGGGGAUGAUAACACUGGCCUUUUUCACAUGAUUAUUAAGCAUAGAAGAAGAAAAAAUAAGAUUAACUUUAUCCAUGAUCAGGAGGGUAAUUGGAUCCAGACUAGUGAUGGGGUGCAGCAAGCCUUCACUCAGUUCUACAGUUCCCUUUUUGGUGAAUCUAUGACCAACAGAACAACAGUUAAAGCAGCAGAGAGAGAUAUUGGGAGAGUUCUUAAUGCAAUCCCAAAUAAUAAAGCACAUGGGUUGGAUGGUUUCAAUAGUAAGUUCUUCAAAGCUGCUUGGCCCAUCAUUAAAGAUGACUUGUGUUUAGCCAUUUCAGAUUUUUUCACUACAGGAAAAAUUCUAAAAGAAGUGAAUGUCACUUCUAUCUCUCUUGUUCCUAAAGUUACAGUCCCAAACUCAGUUGGUGACUACAGACCAAUUGCUUACUGCUCAGUAAUCUACAAAUGUAUCUCAAAGUUGAUGUGUGACAAGCUUAAACAAGUGUUGCCAUAUAUCAUUUCACCCACCCAGGGUGCCUUUGUUGCAGGAAGAUCAAUCUUGCAUAAUGUGAUGAUUUGCCAAGAUAUUAUUAAGUCUUAUACUAGAGGCAAUGCUAAACCUAGUUGCAUGAUGAAGCUAGACCUCAAGAAGGCUUAUGACACUGUUGAAUGGAGUUUUUUAGAGGAAGUUAUGAAGGAGUUUGGCUUCCCCCAUCACUUUAUUCAGCUCGUCAUGACUUCCCUAACCACUACUCAGUAUUCCCUUCUUAUUAAUGGGGUUCCUUCUCCCCUAAUUCAACCUAGAAGAGGUUUAAGACAGGGGGAUCCCCUCUCCCCCCUCUUAUUCACUCUUUGUAUGGAGUGCUUUUCAAGAAUUAUGAAGCUGGUUGCUUCUCACCCCACUUUCAAACAUCACUCAAGAUGUAAAACAGUCAAUCUCAAUCACCUGUGCUUUGCAGAUGACCUCUUAAUCUUCUGUCAUGGAGAUGUUACUUCUUUUCAGCUUAUGUUGGAGGGUCUUCCGCUGUUCUCUGCUUCUACUGGUUUACAGGUUAAGCCUAGUAAAUCAUCUAUUUACUGCUGUGGGUUGUCUACUCAUGACAAAAAUAUCAUAACUGGUCUUUCUGGUUACAAUAUUAACAAUUUCCCCUUCAGAUACCUUGGGGUGCCCAUUAGCCCAAAGAAAAUCAAGCAGGGUGACUGUAAUAUGCUAGUAGAAAAGAUGGUGGCUAGAAUUAAAGUUUGGAGCUCAAGACACCUGUAUUUUGCAGGGAGAAUGCAGUUGGUAAACUCUGUUCUUAUGAGCAUCAGUGUGUAUUGGUGUCAGUUGUUCCUCCUCCCUACCUCCAUCAUUAAAAAAAUCAAUUCCAUUUGCAGAUCAUAUUUGUGGUUUGGAGCUUAUGAUAAUGGUAGACCUGGUAGUGUUAAUUGGGAUAAACUUUGUGAUCCUAAGGAACAAGGUGGUCUAGGGUUUAGAAACUUGGCUCUUUGGAAUCAAGAAGCUGUAGGAAAGCUGGCAUGGGCAGUUGAGAAAAAGCAAGAUAAUUUAUGGGUGAAAUGGAUUCAUGCUUUGUAUAUAAAAAACAAAAACUGGCAGCUUUUCUCACCAUCAUUAGCUGCCAGUUGGCCUGUGAAGCACAUUUUCAAGGUUAAAAGGUUGUGUACUGAAAAGCUUAAUGACCCUGGUUGGCUCACUGACUCUAAAUACUCUAUCAAGGGUAUGCAAAUCAAGCUCUGCACCCCUUCUGAAAGAACUCAAUGGGCUAGGUAUAUUUGGAACAGACUGUCUGUUCCUAAGCAUAGAUUCUCCCUGUGGCUAGCUUUGUUGGAUAGGCACAAAACCAAGUUUAGGCUUCAUCAAUAUGGCAUCAGCACUGAUAAUCUAUGUGCCAUUUGUGGUUCUGCCCCUGAGACCAGUGCUCACCUCUUCUUUAAGUGCUCCUACGGUUUGGAUUGUUUGGCUGUAGUUACAGAUUGGCUAGGUCUGUCUUGUACUAGGAAGAAUUUUCUUCAGAUUCUGAACUGGACUAGAAGGUACUGCAAAAGUGCUUUCAAGAGAAAGAUGAUCUUUGCUGCUGUUGCAGGCUUGGUAUAUGCAAUUUGGAGAGCUAGGAAUACUUCAGUUUGGGAGGGAGCAGUGCCAGCUGUUGCCACUGUCAUCCAAACUUUGAAGUAUAGUGUUAAGCAAAGAGCUAUUCAGUUGUGUCAAGAUAGAAUUAAUGAGUUAGAUAAGAGCUGGCUGUUUGCUUUAUAG